AUGACGUCACAUAUGAAAAACGAAUGUGGGAAACCGGCAAAAUUUAAAUGUUCACUUUGCAGUUAUGGAUCGAAAAGAAAAUUCAAUUUAAAACUUCACAUGAUAAGAAUGCACGAAGAAAAAAUAAAAAUAAAUAUGGCCGGAUAUCAUGCUUAA